CUUUGUAGGAACAGCUGGGUGGACCUCUAAUGAACACUGCUGCUGCUUCUACGGCAUUUUCUGUGGGGAUGGACGUCGGGCUGUGAGACGGGCUAGUUGUAGUGUAAAGUUUUUGAUAUUCCCUCUGUGCCAUGGACUUCAACGUUAAACGGCUCGCCGCGGACGCCGGUACUUUCCUGAGCCGCGCGGUACAGUUCACAGAGGAGAAGCUCGGCCAGGCUGAGAAGACGGAGUUGGACGCACAUUUGGAGAAUCUCUUGGGCCGAGCUGAGAACACCAAGCAAUGGACAGAAAGGAUCAUGAAGCAGACAGAAGUCUUACUGCAGCCCAACCCGAAUGUACGACUUGAAGAAUUUGUUUAUGAGAAGCUGGAGAAGAAAGUCCCGACACGAAUGAACAAUCAUGAGUUGCUGGGCCAGACGUUGAUCGACUCGGGCAGUGACUUUGGCCCUGGAACUGCUUAUGGAAAUGCUCUGAUAAAAUGUGGUGAGACAGAGAAGCAGAUUGGUGGAGCGGAGAGGGAGCUCAUCCAAAGUUCUGCCAUCAACUUCCUGACACCUUUCAGGAACUUUCUGGAGGGUGACUUCAAAACCAUCCUGAAAGAAAGAAAGCUACUGCAGGUCAAACGCCUGGACCUGGAUGCAGCCAAAACCAGGCUAAAGAAAGCCAGGAUGGCUGAUGCAAGAGCUGUGGCAGAGCAGGAGUUGAGGAUGACCCAGAGUGAGUUUGACCGGCAGGCGGAGAUCACCCGGCUGCUCCUGGAGGGCGUCAGCAGCACACAUGCGCACCACCUGCGCUGUUUGAACGACUUUGUGGAGGCCCAGACCACGUACUACGCUCAGUGUUACCAGUACAUGGUGGAUCUCCAGAAGCAGCUGGGCAGUUUCCCCUCAUCAUUCUCCAACAACAAUCAGUCAUCGGUGUCAGGCGGCGCCAGCAUCUCAGUGCCUACCAUCCCAGUGUCGGCCUCCCUGCCCAGCGUGUCUGCAGGCCACGGCAGCUCUGCAGUAUCGGGAGGAUUCAAUGAAUUGCGCAGCUCCAAUGGCAGCCGCAAAGCCCGCGUGCUUUACGACUACGACGCCGCCAGCAGCAGCGAACUUUCACUGCUGGCUGAUGAGGUAAUCACAGUCAGCAGCGUCCCCGGCAUGGACUCAGACUGGCUGAUGGGUGAGCGAGGCAGUCAGAAGGGCAAAGUGCCAAUCACGUACCUGGAGCUGCUUAACUGAGCCCCACGCUGUGAUCCCAUAUUUAUAUAGUAGUGAUGCAGUUUCAGUCAUUUCACAUUAUGUUCAGUUUGUAUAGAAAAAGAAGAUGGAGUCUCACUUUGAGAACGACUUGACCUUGGAAUGAAUAAGUCUCGCUGAGGACGGGGACAGGAAAUGGACCCAUUCCCUCUUUAAAAAAAAAAAAAAAAGUUUGUAUGCACCUGCAGUACAUCUCUUAAACUCUGCUUCCACCCCUUUUUGUGUUCAGUGCCAUGCGAUCUGCAACAUCUCCCAAUCUGUUACUCUUUUUCUUUUUUUUUACAACAAAUAGAUUUUUCAAAUAGCAAAACAGAUGUGUUUUUAUUGGAAAAUGUGCUCUUGUGGCGAGCGAUGCGGACGGUUUUAAAGUCUUAUUUUAUAAAUGAUCUCUUAUUCUGAAUAGGAAUAGUCCUUUUUAAAAAAAAGAAAAAAAAAAAGAAAUGAUCUUAUGUGUUAUCAGCUUUAUUCAAACACUGUCUUAGUGCCUUGGAUUAAAUCACAUGUCCAACAUCCUUACCAAAGUGCCACUCAGAACCAAUUCUUCUUGCAGCUACACCAGCAGUAUUGAGACUCGGCCCAGUCUCCUCUUUACCAGAAGUUUAUCCACUUUUAUUAAUGUGCACAAAUACACACUUAGUUUUGUGUAAAGUGCCUCAGGUUUCGGUCAAAUUAGUGUUUUUACUCUAAUUGGGGUAAAAAAAAAAAAAGGCCUUAAAAACUUUAUAAUUUCGUCAGUUUUCCCUCAAACCUACAUUUCAACUCCCUGAAUUAUAAAUAUAUAUACAGAAAAAACUAAUUGCUGUUGUGGGAGAUUUCAGUCUAUUAUGACACAACCGCUUCUUGUUUUGUGUGUAACUUGAAAACUUAACAUGCCAUUGUAAAAUAAAUGCAAAGAUGUCGCAUUAAUAAAAAGUAAAAAACCUGA